AUGGUAUUUCACAAGACCUGGAAAUGUCAACACAAUGCCAAAAACAAGACCGCCGGUCGUCACUGCACCAACUGCUGUGCAUCAGUCGACAUUAAGAUCAAGAAAGUCAGUCCUGGCACACAGAAGAAUGAUAAAUUUCUAGUGCGAGAUAUCCCACUUGCUGGGGUCAUCAAGCUCAAUGAGAAACACAAUCACCAGCUAAAAUGCGCCGAUGGACUGCGACUCCUGCGAAGCACGCCAGAGGCACGGGAAGUUUUCUUUGGCUACUUUGAUGACGGCCUCACCGUAGCAGAGGCCAUGACUCUGCAUGCAAGAAAACUUUCACUUCAAGAUGAUGGCCCACAGCAGCUUGCCAAUGCUGCAGUAAAUCCCAAGGCAAAUUCAGUUUAUUACUGGAACAAGCUCUGGCGCCAGCAGCAAUUCGGAGAGCGCAAGGACCCAAUAUCAAAGCUGGAGGAGAAAACGGCACUCUACCUUAAGAGUGGUGCCGACAUCAAGACAACGAAGGGAGCAGAUGGUGCUGGCUGGGCUGUGCUCAUAGUCACGCCUCUGAUGAAGAGGGUCCAGGAGAACCGAGCGGCGAGAGACAUAAUCUUCAUCGACUCCACAUCCUCCGUUGAUGACAGCCAGAGCACUACCACCGUCCUCCUCGUGGCACCAAAGGCCGGCGCCAUACCCUUGGCAGUUGUCAUCCACAGCUCCCAGACCACGCAAGGCUACAUGUCUGCAUUUGGCCUUGUGAAACAGAAUUACCCACUCUGCUUUGGGGGUGCUGCUGCUCCAGAGGCCUUCAUGACGGAUCAUUCGUCAGCCGAAAAAGCUGCCCUCCAAGCAACGUGGCCAGAGGGGACCCAGCUACUGUGCCAAUUCCAUGUCGCUCAGGCAGAGUGGCGUUGGAUAAUGAGCAACGUGGAACAAGACAAGAGGCGAACCUUAAUGGUGGCGUUCCAAAAGAUCAUGAACGCAGACUCACCAGCGAAGCUCGAAGCUGCAACCAAAGAGCUCCAAGAGUGCCCCCAGAAACACUACGUGGCCCGGGUGAACAACUACCUGGAGAAGAAAGAAGAAUGGGUUCUCCUUUUCCGCACGGGAAUAAUGACCCGUGGUCAUAAUACAAAUAACUUUGCGGAGGCCUCCAUUCGAGUCCUGAAGGAUGCUGUCCUUGGGAGGCAGAGAGUCUACAAUGCAGUGGCCCUUGCGGACAUGGUCGCAACUGUGUGGGAGCAGUACUUCGAGGGGCGGCUGUUGAAACAUGCCAACAAUCGUGUAGCUGCCCACUUGCUCCUGUACGACAAGCUGCUCGAAAGAAUGCCCCCUGAAGCUGGCAACGCCAUCAAACAACUCGAUGAGCACACCUUCCAAGUGCCUAGUGCAGAACGGCCGGACAUCACCUACCAUGUGUGGAAGGACGUGGGCCUCUGCACGUGUCGAGUGGGCCAGUCAGGAGGAUUUUGUAAGCACCAGGCGCUGGUCCUUGAGAGAUUUGGAGGAACUUUCCCAAAUGCACCCCCGCUCACACCAGAAGAUCGGCUGGAGCUGGGAAGACUGGCACUAAGAGACCGAUGCCCUGAGCCAGAUUACUUUGCAAACUUCAGAGACGUAGAGCAGCCAUCCACCAGCCAGCCCGAAAAUCAAGGCCCACCAGACUGUCCACAGGCAGCCACAACAAGCAAAGCACACAGCAUGGUGCACCCAGACUCUAACCUUCAGCAAGAAAAUGAAAAGGAAUCUCUGGAGCUCCUUCACCAGAUCCAUGAAGAGAUGUUAAGGCAUCGCACCCUGGCGCUGGAGUGCCCUAGCUAUGCAGCACAGCUGCGGCGCAUGCUGACACACAUGAAGAAGCAGUGCAACGAGGGGCAGUGUGCAGAUUGCUUCAACCUGUGA